AUGGGCUCCAUAUCACACCUCAGGAAUGUGCUCCUGUCUGCAUUUAGCUCGAGGGGGCUCAAGAAUGGUGAGCAGGAAUUCUUCGAGGAGCUCAUGGCCCAUAAGCCACAGCUGGUCGCCUUGUUCGACAUCAGCCCACGAAAUGCUCAAGAACAGCGCGAACUCGAGUCAGGGAAAACAACUGUAGAAGGCAGGUCGCUUGCAGUGAAUUCGGACUUCGCAAGGCAGGCCAUUUUCGUCGCACAACAACUCGACUGCUCGGAGCGCUACAUCGCUGGCCUUCUCCAAGAUGUUAUGUUUGAAAACCCUAACGUGUCUCCUGAGCGCUGUAUUGAAGCCACCAUCCUUGAAUUUCAUCUCAGACGUCGCCACCUUGCCGACUGUCUCCGCUACAUCAUCGAGGCCGCUGACCUCGGCUCAACGGGAAAUGCACCAGACUUAUACAUUCGGCUGGACAUGUUUGUCCGCCAACAGUUACUCCCGGCGCCCCGUAGUACCGUGGGGGGACUUUCGCUUACGCUGAAGAUUUUCCAAGAGAUACAUAAUCUUGGGAACGUGCUUGCGAAAGCUCAGACAGCUCGACAGAAUGCGAAGAGUGAUACCGUCUUAUCAUCCGGACAAGGAUGCACUGGCUCUUUGGGUGCAGACGUGUUGACUGCUCGAUGCGACUCUCUCAAAUAUGAGAGGCGCAUACUCGCGACCAGUUUAUACUUCAUCGGUCGCAUGGGUUACCUCGCUCCCGCCGAAAUUUCCAAGCUUAUUGACUGGCUCGAGGGAAAUCCCCGACACGCUAUGACGACUUCUAUCCUUACCACUGUGCUUGCUGCAUUGGACAUCGUGCAGCCCGAUUCACUUGGAGGCCGAGCGCGGGAAAUGUUAAUCAACGAUAAGAGCUUCAUGUCAUAUAUGAAGAAGAAGCUAGAUGUCGCAACGCAAUGGAGGGAACCGGGGAUAAAGGCAACAGUUUUGCUCAAAUGGACACUGUUUUUAGCGGAAACUAGGCACCGAAACCCCUCGCUGGAGAACGUGGAAGGUUUUAAGACUGAGGAGUUGGAAACGCAAAUAUGGAAUGCAGUACAAGGUGACUGCUUUACAUACCAAUUACGCCUCGUUGGUCAGCUCCAGAGCAAACAAACGUCGUUUCCGCCGGUAUCCUUUGCGCUAGGGAUUCUUUCGCAGCAAGAACCAGAUUCUCCUUCGGAAACUCCUGCAGAAGAGUUCAAACCAGUGAUCCUUGAGGCAUGUGAAAGCCUGAUCCGCUCACUGAUUAGUCAAGCGUCAUCAGAAUUGCGCAAGAUCAAGCAGCGACAGGAAGACCUACUUCUCACUGGGGUAAGAGGGGACAGGUCUAGAAGUUUUCGGUCAUCCCAAGCACAGCCUUCUGCACGGUCUGAAUCAGACAAACCUGCCGCACCACCUCGUAAUGACAUGGCUGUCCUUUUCUCUCUGAUUGGUCUGCUCUACUCCACUCUCCCUCCGGAACGAGCGCUUCAUUUUUGGGGUGCAGGUGUCGUUGCCGAGAGUCAACGAUCAACGUAUAGUCAAGCCCUAGAGUCCAUUUCCGGAAAGCUGCCAGGCUUUCUUCAGUGGGCAGUAUGGUCCACCCAAGCGCGAGACGUUGACAUGAUGAUGGCACUGUAUGACAUGCUUGCGGGAUUGGCAAAGGGCCAACAAUGCAGUGAGUUGGCGUACAAUUUCCUUGCAAGAGGCGGAGGCGAUGUGGUGCCAGGCAGCUCGCUAUCGUCGUCUAGUGCUCAUCUGAACACAGGCGCUGCAAUUUCGUGGGGCGCUAUCUUCGGACUCCUAGAUUCUUGGGUGGUAGCUGGUACGGGCUCUCGGAACCCACCACCUUCUCAGGGCAUGGGGCAAUCCCAGUCAGGUUUUCCUAAUUCGCAGCAGUGGCAACCACAGCAGUCUCACCAACCCCCGCAAGUGGCAUUUACCCAACAAGACGUCCUGCUAGCCCAAUCAUUCCUGCGUCUCUUAUCAACAGUCGUCACCCAUUCCGUAGCUGUGAGAGUCACGAUCAGUGGUCACGCCCGUUUUCGUGCCAUUCCUACACUAGUUUCGCUGGUCCCUCUUGGCAUACCUUUAGAGCUGAAAGGUGCUAUUUUCGAGACUCUGGCUGCGUUCUGCCAGGCUGGAGCAGGUGUUGCGGGUGUGGAUAUAUGUCGGUUAGUGUGGACCCUGAUGGAGAGAAUGGAGGUCAUCAAUGUACGUGUCAGCUCUGGCUUUGGCACGCCGUUACCUGCGGUCAAGGGUGUAGAGGUCGAGCUUGAGGAGGUUGAAACUGUCUAUAAGAUGUACCCUGCAACCAUCCCGUUCCUCAAGUUGCUUGGAACCCUCAUCCACACACCGAAGGAUAUCUCGAUGAAGGACCGAGUUGCGGAGACUGAGCCAAUUAAUACAAUUCCGGAGACAUUGGGACACCCAUACCGGCAACCCGGCGUUGGCCCGUUUUCCUCAUUCGUCAUCGACAACGUCUUUUCCCGAAUCAAUACGAGAGAAUAUCUGCGACCAACGGACCGAUGGCGUACUAACGACCUCUGUCUAUCUUUCGUGGAACGCUGUUUAGCUGGUUUUGAACUCGAGUCUCUAGUGGCGAACACAAUACAACUUCAGCCCAAGGGCGACGCGAUUCUACAGCUAGCAGUGCACCCGGGUUAUGACAUGAUGAAACGCAUGCUCACUUCUUCGACUUUACAAAAUAGCAUUCUGUCCUACCUCGUCGACGGGCUGAACGGGUUCGACAGGGGUCUUGCUGCUGAAGAAUCGUAUUUCCGGACUACUAUCAUGCGUGUUCUGCGGAUCAUUAACCGGGUGCUUGAGAUCCAGGACAUCUUCCUCGACAUCCUCUUACCCCUCCUCUCUGAUAUCAACGAUACGGCGGUCACUGGCGAGGUUCCUUCAUCGUCUUAUUUCGUCCGUCUCGACCAAGCACUGUCUCACUCUCCUGAGUAUGUUCCGGCAGUUGCAGCAUAUAUCGCCUAUCCUGCAUACCCAGAGUUGAUGUUACUGAGUGUUAAGAUCUUGACAGCUCUUGCGGCAUCGAAUUCCCUCUCUCAGUUGGCACUUUUGAUCGACCGAAGCGAAGAGUCGGUGCGUAUUCUGAACGGCUUUCAGACGAUCAUGGACACAGAUGUCUUAGAAGAGGUGGAAUUGGCCGAAAAUGCGGCUGAACAGCUGACAGGAGCUGGUGCACCUGACACUGAUGAGCCUUCCCCUGCAUUAUUACAAUCUAUUCGUCUCGCUAUCCUCGACCUGUUCGUCCAGAACACGAAGCCGGGAAAACCUUACCCUAACAUCGCUCAUUUCCUUCUGUUUGGCGGGGCCGCGGCAGAAGACCAAAUACAAGAUCCGCAUGCACUCGGCGCCCGGAGAUCGUGUAUGCAUACCAUCCUGGAUCUGCUUAAUGCCGGUAUCCCUCGAUUGAAGGGCAAGGGCCCUGCUCGGAAGCAUCCUGUAUCGGGUGACCCAUUAUUCGCUAUCCUGCCCGCACUUGCGGAACGAUGCUACCAUGUCGUCUAUCAGCUUUGCAAGCAUCCACGAACCUCUGAAUUUGUAAUGCGUUACUUGCGGACUCGCGAGGAUUUCUUUGCUCGCCAUCUCUCCGCUGUGCCAUUCAAAGCCCCUGCGACAGAGCAGGUGCCCUUCAUCGAGCUGAUUUAUGGCGAUGGCUCACGAGUGACGACAACGGUGAACAACUUGGCUGCAUUUUUGCGAUUGCGCUCUUGGAUUUUAGAACUAGUUGCCUUGGAACUACAUGCGUUGACGAACAAGGGCCAUCACAAGAGUGUUGCGGAACUGCUUGAGCUUCUGUUCGGCAAUGAGGAGGACUAUCUCGAGGACGGUGCUGGUUCUUGGGAGGCGGAUGCUUUCCGGCCAUUCCAUGAAGUCGGCCAAUCUCAUCUUAGGAUGGUCGAAUUCCUCCAAUCACUAGAUUUCGACUGGUCGGACAGCCUGACCGUGAAAGCCGUGGAGCUGCAGUUCUUAGGUGAACUGAAUUUGCAGAGCUGUUUACAGCUGGAUGAAUCGGGAUGCGAAAUUGUGGAUCGAGCGGCUCUCCUCUCCAUCUUGACAAUGGCAAGACGAACGCUUCACAUGCAAAACCGUGUUAUUACACCUGCGCAUCUUGAACAAUUGAUGACGGAGACAUCAUACAUUAUGGAGAGCUGCGCUAUUGAGAAUCAUCGUCGAGAAGUUCUACAUGCAGUUGCCAAUGGAUACGAGGCAUGGCGUAGGCUGCUGGACAUGUCACUGAUCAAAUGCUUUGAACGACUUCCCCAGGAUCGUCGCGAGAACAUGCUCUUCGACCUGCUGCAUGUCAUGCCGCUCACCUUACGGUCUGCUCACGUACAGGAGUCAACUGCAGUGCUGAUAGCAGAGGCCAUGCUGUCUGCAAUUACCAAGUUACGAGAGGACAGACACCAUCAAGUGAUCCUGCAAUCCGCUGGAGGUGACGUGCAAGCUGGCACUCUUCCAGUCGAGCGAGUCAAUGCUUUGUUACGCAGCAUUCUGGAAUGCGUUGCGGAGUAUGGGCACCUAGAACUCGUGCGGGGUAAUCUUUAUGCCUCCUUGAUCAAUUAUUUCCAUUUAGUCAUGUCAGCCGACAUAAAGAAAGAUCCUGACUUCGACUCGUCUUCCUUUGGCAUGUCAUUGUCGAUGUCGAUGUCUGCAAGCAGGGAUGACUUCGCUUUCGGUGAUAGCCUUGCUUCACCGUCAUCCGGACAACUUGAUACUACCUCCACGCAAGGUUCAGCCAUCCUGAACAGUACAUUGGCUAUCCUCAAGUCCGGGAUGGAACGGCUGGUGACUAUCAUUUCUCGCGAUGCUAUAGAUGGUUCGGAGGUCUGGAGAUCUGUGGCAUUUAUGCUACUUGAUUCUCUCAUCCGGCUGUCUCGAUCGGAAAAGUACCCGGCUAUCUUCCAAGCGCUAGCACGCCACGGCUUUAUGUCUGGCUUCGUUGGGAGCUUAAAGGAGUCGGAUUCAUUGUUACAAGCGGUUCUAAAGCCGGAUCCGGAUGACCUCAAUCCACUCUAUGUGUAUGAAGCGAAAAUGUCGCUACUUAUCCGCAUGUCACAAACAAGGCAGGGUGCUGAGAGGUUACUGGAAGCGAGGGUCAUCCCAAUCCUUGCCGGAUGCGAUUACUUAGACGCGCGACCUGAGGGAGACCAAGCAUUCCUAGACCACGACACAUUCUUGCCAUCGGCGAUUCAACGAUAUCACCAACUGGUCCUCCCAACACUGCAGCUUGUCAGUGGCAUGGUAGUGACCCUCGGAAACAGACAUACUACCGCUACAACACAGGCUCUGCAAUUCUUGUCUGGUCAUAGAGACACAGUGAUUCUUCUAUUGAAAAAUGAGGUGGACGAGCUCUCGCUUUCCCUGAUGGAAGAGAUUCGGUUACUUGUGUCGUUGUCCGCAAGUGUUAUUCAGUUGGUGCCGAAAACGGAGUUGCUUUCAAACUCUGGCUUCGGGACCAUUCAUGCCGCAAUCUCAGGCUUGGCUGCGCGAUGUCUUGGCAAUCAGCAUUGGUCGGAUGAUAUCAAGCCACGUACGGACGCGGAAUUUUCGGAUGCCGGGGUCGGUGGGCUAGGUUUUGGCAUUGAGUCGAAAUUCCGCGUCACUGUUCGUCAGCAGGAUCGACUUCUUCAAAAAGCUAUCAUCGCCUAUCUGGGAACAGCUAGUGAUUUCACAGAACCGGAAUUUACCCUUGUCCUCUCUCCUGUAAUCACGACGCCGAAGCAAGAUGAGCGGUCGACUCCCACCGUUCCUUCAGUUGGCGAUACUAUUGAAGCUUUACAUCAUCUGUGCGACGAUCUGGCAGGAUCGCUGAGGCAAAUUAUCUCGCUAACCGCAGAGCUCUCGUCGCGCAAUCACAUCAGAGUAGAUAACAUUCAAGACAUCGUCCCCGUAUCUGAUCAGGGCCUGCUGGGGAAUCUGGACAUCCGACAAAAACAGUCGCUUAUCAGCAGAGAGCUGGAGAAGUGGCGCACUGAAGCAAGCCGCACAGCCUUGAUUGCAUUGAGUUCUUUGGAGAUGCUCCUGCUGCUUUUGUGGCGACAUCUGGUCUUCUACUGCGAAGGAAGGCACAUCAACAAUCCGGAUCUCAAGGGCUCAAUAUCGCAUACAAUGCGGUUUGCAACGUCUCCGGACGUGGAGACACUGAUAGCAGAAGUUACCAAGAAGCUCGUUCCCGCUCUACAACGCCUCCAAACCUUAGACCUGACAGAAGACACCCUUGGGAAAGACUGGCACUCGUACCACAGCUACGUCGAAAUCAUGUCGCGCAGACUGAAGGACACGACGGGGCUGCAUGACCAGCUGGAGGAGAGUUCACAAAACGGGCUGUGA